GCUCUGUUCGUGUAGCUACAGACUGAGAGCGAGCUUCAUUGAAAGUCGCAGACAGUCAGAGAGCAGCAGCGGAGAGAACAGAGGGGGCUCGCGCGACAUAGCGGUGAUGUGACUGUCCGCUUUAUCAUCGGUAUUUGUGUCUGUGUGCGCUAUACUGGACUCUGGGGGCGGAGGGGCUGCGCUCGGGCGGUGUGGACCCCUGAGGAGGAGGCUGUAGCUUUAGCCUGUCCACUCUGAGUGAGAGCUGUUUCCCGCUAGCGGCAGUUAGCUGGCUAGGCUAAGCUAGGCUAGCGGGCGGGCUGUGUGUGCAGGAGCAGCGGCUGCUGCCUGGCGCCCCGAUACCGGAACACCAGUAGCCCGCCUCUCUGUCUCUCUGUGCUCGGUCUGCCCCUGAGAAUGGCGGGCGCGGUGGUGCAGCGGGUCGUCGGCCUGGGCAGAUAUCUCCAGGACCCCUGCCUGGUGGCCAGGUUUCAGCAGCUCUGCGGGGUUAAAGGAACGUUUCCGCGGAAAUCUCCGGGAACUGAGGAGCCUAACGGAGACUUAAGCAGGCCGGGACCGGGCACCACAGACCCCCGGCUCAGGAAGACCGAGACCCCCCCGUACGACUCUCUGAACGGGGCAGCACCCGAGUCCGCUCCCACGGACACCCACCCCGAUGGACCUGCAGCAGCAGGAGACUCCAGGGGUCCCAAGGGGAGAGUGAAGCCCCUCCGUAAGAACUCUCUGACUGGAGAUGUUGGACAGGAGUUCAUCAUCGAGAACAAGUUCCUGUUCUAUCUCUUCACCAUCGGCACCGAGCUGGGCAACGAGAUGUUCUUCAUCGUCUUCUUCCCCUUCCUGAUGUGGAACGUGGACGCCUAUGUCAGCCGGCAGGUCAUCCUGGUCUGGGUCUGGGUGCUCUUCUUCGGACAGUCCACCAAAGACCUGGUGGGGUGGACGCGGCCCGCCUCCCCGCCCGUGGUCAAAGUGGAGGUCUUCUACAUAUUCGAGUACAGCAUGCCCUCUGUACACGCCAUGACCGGGACCUCCGUCCCCUUCUGCCUCUUUCUGCUCACCUACGACCGGUGGGAGUACCCUUUCCUGUUUGGACUGAGUGUGGCCAUAUGCUGGAGCUUCCUGGUAUGCAUAAGCAGAAUCUACAUGGGCAUGCAUUCUGUUUUGGAGGUGAUCAUGGGCUUCCUCUACAGCUUGUUAAUCCUGGCUGCCUUUCUUCCUGUGUUUGACGACAUUGACACAUUCUACCUGUCUAGCAGGUAUGCGCCUCUGGUCAUCCUGCUGCUGCACAUCGGCCUGUCGCUCGUGGCUUUCUCUCUGGACUCCUGGAGCACGUCUCGAGGGGACACGGCUCAGGCUUUAGCCACUGGAGCUGGAGGUGCUUUGGGCUGCCAUCUCAACCACCAGCUGGGUCUGCAGAAUGACCCUCCGCUGUCCUCCCUGCCCCUCAAGAUGCCCACUAUUGACUCUUCGUUGCUAGGACGUUCAUUUCUGCGGCUCCUUGUGGGCGUGGCUGUGCUGCUAGCUGUGCGUGCGGUCAUGAAGGCCGUGGCUAUCCCACUAGCUUGCAGAAUGUUUGGCGUUCCCUGUGACGACGUGCGCAAGGCUAGACAGAAUCCUCAUGUGGAGCUGACUUACCGCUUCCUGGUGUACGGCACGGUGGCCGUCUGCUGUGCCUGCCUAGUGCCCCUGCUCUUCAACCACCUGAACCUUUCCUGAAGAAUCUGCAGCUGAAGUUCUGCCUCUGUGUAGGCCAGUAAUACAUCAUCGUCUGCCACUGCUCUCUAUCCAAAUAAGGCUUGAACUUUUCCAAUUUGAUCAGAAUCCUUAUUUUUAUCCAUUUUAUUCUUUUUAUGUUUGGUUGUCUUAUCACUGUUGUGUUGUUGUUUUAGUCCUAAAUCUACAGAAUUUUCAUUCUGUCUUUGGUUUUGCCUAAACAUGGCAUGCAUAACUCUAUAUUGGGAAUGAGGGACUGGUCAUCAGCUGAGGAUUUAAUCUCCAUUGAAGACCAAUGAAGUAGUCCUGACCUUUAGAGUAAGUUGUGCAGUAUUUGUUAAGCUGAACUACAGAACAGCACCGUCUGUGUCUCAGAGAUGUAACUGUAAGAGAGUUUGAAUGGAACUAUGUAAUGUUUGGAACUAGAUCUCCACAAUAUAUUGUUUUAGCAUUGUCAUCACAAUUUACACUUACGCAAGAGUCACAUUGCAGGAAAUGCAAUGUUUUCUGCAAUGUAAAAAUGACAUUUUAAAGCUUUUUGAAGCUUGAUACAAAAACAAAUCACACAUUUCAGAUUUUACAUAACAAUAUCUAGCAGAUUACAGAUGGUAUCUACCCAAGACCUUUUACAGUAUGUUACGUCAAUCAUGGAUAUUCAUAUUGCAUUAUUAAUAUCAUGUUGGAUUGUUGACUUCUUGCCAAAUUUGGUGGCAAUAUUUUCCAAUAUCGUGCAGCCCUAUUUUGAACAUUUUAAAACCUGCUCUGUUAACAACAUUCAACUAAGUCAUGUGUGGAUCGUGUUUGUUUGAUCUCCACCCCUUCUUCUCAGCAGCCAUUCUACCUACACCCAUCCUGCACCAUUGUUUUCUCUCUGCUUCCUAACAAUAUGUUGGCUCAUUUCCCACUAUAUUGAGCAUGAGUCUUGAGCCUUUUUGGUGAAUGUGUGUGUGUACACAAACCCAGCGCUGAUGGGCUUUGAACUUUCCCUCAAAGCUGAGCUCAGGUUGUAUCCUAGUCCUAGGUUAUAUCCAAACAGCCCAGUACAGAGACAGGGAUAGAGAGAUUGGAGGAACAGAGCUUGUUCCAGGCUACGUGUGUGGCAGUACUGGGUGGUCUUUUUAAGGGAGUUGGCACAGGGCUGCCUAAACUCCGGUCUUAUUUCCACUGUUGGCUUUACUUUGCAAGUAGUAAAGUUCUGAGGGAACAAGAGGAGAAGGUUUUCCUCUUUAAAUGAAUGACUGUCAAAGGGAUUGCCACUCCUUUUGAGUGGGUAGAUAUGAAUGCUAAUUAACAAACCAACAAAUAAUGAAAAGUGAUCUUCCAAAGAUGAAAGGAAACUACAUGUCAUAUUUCUUUUAGUUGUUGUUUUUUUUAUUUGGUGUGAAAAGAGAAGUAUUUUGUAACUAUAGUUUUUGUUUGGUCCAGUGAAUUUCACAUUUUUAUAAAACGUAUUAAAAUGCACUCGUAGCUGACAGGUGAAGAAUCUGCUUUGUUUGUCAGUUCAUGGCGUUGUGAGGCUGGGUGAGUACUGCAUACUGCAGUGGCAUAUAUCAAACGCUAUCUCUCAAUGUUGAUGGUGUAAAUGUAGGCAUAAAAAUUCCAGGGAGUUGUAAUCUAGACAUUUAGAUUUGCCAAUGCUUGUGCUGAAGUAAACUACCGGUAAUGUGUCCCAGUUAAAUACCUAAGGCUGUGGAAGAGUCAUUAUCCAAGUGUCGCAGUCCAUGUUUAAGUAUGUGUUUUAUUUUUUUUUUCAUUAUUUUAUUGAAUGAAUGUCUUUCUGUCUUUUAAAUUACAGUAAUACUUCAGCAUUUCUCAACUUAAUCUCUGUGGACUACAUUUGUGAUUGCUUACCCUUUGUGGACACUGGCAUGGGCAAAAUAUCACAGAUAUUUGGGAGAAGAUCUGGUAAAAAGCCAGUCGGCUAGCAGCUUGGUCUAGCAUUGGUAUUAGCUUACAGUCUGGUUAUGUGCAGCAACCCAUUGUGUUUAGUGUAAAAAAAAAAAAGACUUGCGAUAGUGGGCUGGAUGUAUGUAAAAUUUGAUGGGGAAUAAAAGUAAUAAAGGCCAUUUUAGGGUUAAAACAGUGCUCCUAUAUAUAUGAGGAAUUUUAUUUUUAUUUUUUAUAUAUAAUUUGGAGAAUUCAGUAUCAUUUGGGAGAAAAAAGUUCAGGUUUGGAACACAGGGCCUGAUCACAGCCAUUCCUAAUAUGGGCAUGUUGUUUGUUCUAGCACACAUAUUGGCUUCUCUUGAAAGAGGUUUCUCUUCAGAGAAAUCACUUUUCUUUUUCUUUUUUCCGUUUUUUAUGAUAACCAAACGCCAAAGUAGUAUAGAAACAGUGCAGAGAGUUUAGAUUGUAAAAUGCUGGAGUACUCCUAUAAUACUGAUUCAGAUGUCUGUGUGGGUCUCUGAUAGCUGGACUUUUCAUAUCUUGAUCAUAUUUGAAAAUCUCACACCAUUUUUUGUAAAAUAUCUACUUAUUACAUUCAACAUCCAGGUAGUCCAGGUCUUACAGAUAGAUUUGAACAGUAAGAUGUGUGGUAGAUACAGGCUCGUAACUGACCUUCAGUAGGUCAGAGACUGAUAUGCUGCUGUUAUUAUGCACUGCUGUUAACAUGGAUGCUGUUAACAUUGAUCUAACCCAAUGAUCUUGAAGAGGAAAAACAAGAACUGUAAUUUUGAUCUAAUACAGUCAGCAGUAGGGGAGAAUACUGUAAAGUGACACUUGACGGUCAAUGUGUUUUCAGUAGAUUAAAUCUUAACCUGCUUGUUUGGACUUCCACAUGCUUGGUUGAGUACAUCACUCUGUCUGUAAACUAGACCAAAAUAAAAACUGUAUUUGAGUUUC